UGUUGGUGUUGACAUCUUAACCGAGAGGAAUACCUACCUACCGCCGACCCGGGGGAGAGGGGGGGUCUUUCCGAGGCAGACAGGUGGAUUUAUCCCUGUGGUGUGUGUUUUUUGGAGGAGGAGGAAUAGGCUAAUUGAUGGAUUAAUUUGACGGAGAAGAGUCGUGUGUGAUUGCUACUCCUGCCGAGGGCACCCGAAUGGAGUAACAGGCUGCAAUGUCAUCUCCACCUGGCCGCCUGGAGAGAUGUGUCACGGGAAUGGGAUCAAGUUUGAACACUUUUCCUCUGGUUUCGCUGACGCCGUGAGAAGGACUCAAAAUGUCAGUAAAAGGCCAGGUCACAGUGGUUGCCUGUGCGGGCGCUCACACCACAGCAGUAAAACUCAAGCUUCGCCGCACGGACUCACAAGAGGAAGGCGCAAAACCCCCGAGACCGCAAACCUGCUGCAGCCACGCUUUGUGACACCGAAGGGUAUGAUGGGUGUAGUGGGCUGGAUGGUGCUCCUACUCUCCCACAUCAUGGUGCCUGUGGCGUCCCAGAAGCCUCCAGGGCUCAGUGUGGGUGUGAUCUUGGGACAGACACGCCCUGUUACCGAUCAGGAACUACGCCCGCCUCGGCGUCCCGAUGAUGCUCUUGACAUCAACGUGGUAACACUGAGGAUCAACCAGACAGACCCAAAGUCUGUGAUUACACAGGUGUGUGAACUUCUGUCACGCACACGUCUCCAUGGCAUUGUGUUUGCUGAUGGCACUGAUCAGGAGGCCAUCGCCCAGAUCCUUGACUUCCUGUCCGUUCAGACACAACUUCCAGUCCUGGGAGUCCACGGAGGAUCCUCUAUGAUUAUGGCCGACAAGGAUGAGAAGUCGACGUUCUUCCAGUUCGGGGCAGCCCUGCAGCAGGAGGCUCUGCUCAUGCUGGGCAUCAUGGAGGAGUAUGACUGGCAUGUUUUUUCCAUUGUCACUUCCAAGUUUCCUGGGUAUCAGGACUUCAUCAGCACAUUGAGAGUCACUGUGGACCACAGCUUUGUGCGCUGGGACAUGCAGAGUGUGGUGACUCUAGAUGCUGUAGAUGGCGACCAAAACUCUAAAUCACACAUUGCCCUCAAGAGGAUACAGAGUCCUGUUAUACUGCUGUACUGCUCCAAGGAUGAGGCUGUGUAUAUACUGGAGGAAGCUCGCUCCUUAGGCCUGACGGGAGCCGGUUACAUCUGGAUUGUGUCUAGCCUCACCACUGGCAACCCAGACUUUACCCCCGAGAUGUUUCCCCUGGGUAUGAUCUCGGUGUCCUAUGAUGAGUGGGAGUACCCGUUGGAGACGCGAGUGCGGGAUGGAGUGGGCAUUAUUGCCUCUGCAGCCACCUCCAUGCUGCGGGAGAAGGGGGAGGUUCCAGAGGCCCAGAGCAGCUGCUACAGCCAACCGUCAGACAGGAGCCCAGGGAAGCUCCCACCCAGUGCCCUUCGCAGACACAUGAUGCAUGUGUGGAAUGAAGGACGGGACUUAUCCUUCACUCCAGAUGGUUACCAGGCCAACCCCAAAUUGGUUGUCAUCGUCCUCAAUACUGAGAGGGAGUGGGAAAAGAUGGGUCGCUGGGAGAACGGGACCUUGUCACUGAUGUUCCCGGUGUGGCCGAGGUAUAACUCAUAUGGGGAUGAGGAUGCUGAUGAAAACCAUUUGUCCAUAGUCACCCUGGAGGAGAAGCCCUUUGUCAUUGUCGACAAUGUGGACAUACUCACCGGCACCUGCAUGAGAAACUCUGUGCCCUGUCGCAAGCACGUCAAAGACAACAGCACGUCAGGCGGUGCCUACAUCAAGCAGUGCUGUAAGGGUUUCUGUAUUGACAUUCUGAAGAAAAUAGCGAGGAAUGUCAAGUUCACCUACGACCUCUACCUGGUCACCAAUGGAAAACAUGGCAAGAGGAUUAACAAUGUGUGGAACGGCAUGGUUGGAGAGGUGGUGUAUAAAAAGGCAGUCAUGGCGGUUGGUUCGCUGACCAUCAAUGAAGAGAGGUCAGAGGUCAUUGACUUCUCCGUGCCCUUCGUUGAGACUGGGAUCAGUGUCAUGGUCUCACGUAGCAAUGGGACGGUCUCUCCUUCUGCCUUCCUCGAGCCCUUCAGUGCAUCAGUUUGGGUGAUGAUGUUUGUGAUGCUGCUCAUUGUCACAGCCAUCGCUGUCUUCCUCUUUGAGUUUGUCAGUCCACUGGGCUUCAACCGCAACUUGGCCCAGGGCAAAGACCCACAUGGUCCAUCAUUCACCAUUGGGAAGGCCAUCUGGCUGCUGUGGGGUCUGGUGUUCAACAACUCUGUACCGGUGCAGAACCCUAAAGGCACCACCAGUAAAUUCAUAGUAUCUGUGUGGGCCUUCUUCGCUGUCAUCUUCCUGGCCUCCUACACUGCAAACCUGGCCGCCUUCAUGAUCCAGGAAGAGUUUGUAGACCAAGUCACUGGUCUGUCUGACAAGAAGUUUCAGAGUCCGUACUCCUAUUCGCCUCCAUUUCGCUUCGGAACCGUUCCAAACGGCAGCACAGAGCGCAACAUCAGGAAGAACUACCCGGACAUGCAUCAGUACAUGACCAAAUACCAUCAGAGUGGGGUGCAGGAUGCGCUGGUCAGCCUCAAGACUGGAAAGCUGGAUGCUUUCAUCUAUGACGCUGCAGUGCUGAACUACAUGGCGGGCCGAGACGACGGCUGUAAGCUGGUUACCAUCGGCAGCGGUUACAUCUUUGCCACCACAGGUUACGGCAUUGCUCUGCAGAAGGGAUCCUACUGGAAACGCCAUGUUGACUUGGCUAUACUGGGCAUCAUUGGAGACGGCGAGAUGGAGGAGCUGGAGGCCCAGUGGCUGACAGGGAUCUGCCAUAACGAGAAGAACGAGGUGAUGUCCAGCCAGCUGGACGUGGACAACAUGGCAGGGGUCUUCUACAUGCUGGCGACAGCCAUGGGCCUCUCAAUCCUCACGUUCAUCUCUGAACAUCUCUUCUACUGGAGGCUGAGAUACUGUUUCACUGGAGUCUGCUCUGGAAGGCCUGGCCUGCUUUUUACUAUCAGCAGGGGCAUAUGGAGCUGUAUCCAUGGGGUUCACAUAGAGAUGAAGAAAAAGACUCCUGAACUGGACUUCAGUCCUCAAGCCAACAUGCUGCACCUGCUCAAGUCUGCCAAAUCCAUCACCAUGUCCUCUCCCAAACGCAACACUGUCCUCCUGCAGCCUAACAUCAUUGAAAUGAUGUCAGGAAAAGGUAACUCACUCCAUAGCCUGCCUCCAAAGGGUCCUGGUCUCUAUAGCAACGCUGCUGGUCUACAGGGUUUCCUGUCAUUGUCCGGGCGACAGAAAGACCUCCUUAACAAUGCUGCACCAUUUCCCGGGCAACAGAAAGGCCCUGCUCACCAGACCAGCCCCAACAAACCCCAGCUGUCCAUCACCAAUGACAACGGCAAGACCCGCCUCACUGGGCCGGCCUGCCCUGCAUCAAAGCCUCGUGCCCUGUGGAAGAAGAGCGUAGAGACUCUGAAGACACAGCCGUCACUCCCAUCUCCAGGCUCUGGCCCGAGCCCCACCCCAGCCCCCGGGCCUGGGCCCGCACCAAUGAAGAGCCAGCGUUACCUUCCCGAGGAGCCGCCUCACUCUGACAUCUCUGAGUGCUCCAGCCGGCCGCCUUCACACAAAGAUUCGGAUUCCAUGGCAGCCAGGGGGGGAUUCAAGCCCAUCAACCAGCUGAGGAAGAGGGGGGGAGGAGGGGGGGGAGGGGGAAGUGCGGGUGGAGGAUCCAAGAUCUACUCCAUUGACUCAGACCAAGCCAGUCUGCACUCUGCUCCCCCUUACCAGCGGGACAGCCAGGGGGGUGGUGAUGACCACAGUUACCCCCCUGACCUGUUUCCACCUGACAGCACACACACUCAUUCGCACACACACCAGGCAGAAGCCCCCAUUUUGCAGCUGAGUGCCAGCCUGCUGCACCACAGCCACAGUGCUGAGGCUGACCUGCACUCUCUGAAGGACAAGAAAUACAGCACCUACAAACACAGCAGUGUGAAGGACAAAGUCGGAGGAUCCUUUGAAGUUCCAGGUGCGGCUCCCGCGCCACAAGGGGCCAGGCCCGGCCACUGUCGCUCCUGCCUGGCGAAGCUAAGCGGCUACUCCGGCCUGUACACCGUCCGCUCCCCACAGGCGCGCUGCGACGCCUGCGCACACCUGGGCAACCUCUACGACAUCAGCGAAGACCAGCUGCACUCGCACUACUCUCACCCACACAGCGGGGACAUGUUCACACACUACCUUCCACAGAGCGAGCUGGGCCUAGUGGGUGAAGGGGACGGGCUGGUCAGUCAUUUCGAGCCCACCCCUUCCCCCACGGCUGCUCUCCCCUCCUCCUCCUCUGCCCAGCACCUCCAGCUAAGCCGUCAGCACUCCUAUGAGAAUGUGCUCCCUGAUGGCGUUUCCGACCGGCAGUCUCAGUCCUACAGCCACCUGCGGGGGCUGAGUUUGUCUGACAGGGAGAGGGAGCUGACCUUAGAGGAGGGUGCCUAUGCCAAUGUGCUGACCAUGCGCUCUGACCGUCCUUUCAGCAGCCGCAGCCCACCCUCGCCAUCUCCCUCCCACCACCACAGUCUGGACGCCCCGAUGCCUCUCCCCAGGCGCUCAAAAAGCCUCUUCCCUGAUCGCCCCUCCCACAACCCUUUCCUCCAAUCAGCCCCUGGCACUGCGCAGCGAGACGCCGCCUCCCAGGCUGUCGCGCGCCUGCCGCAGAGAAGCUCCGCCCACGAGCUCUAUAAGCAGCUAAUGCCUCUGUCGCUCACCCUUGGUAACCAUGGCCAUCAUAUCAAUCAGCAUGGCAGCCAUGUUGACCAACAGGUGUUCUACCCUCAGCAGGAGCCCGCCGUGGUGGCCUACAUGGUGCCGCCCGCCGCUUCUCAGCCAAUGAGUUAUGUGACAGCGCCGCGAGCCUCUAGCGCCGGCGGCAACCGGCCUCGCCUCUACCGCCGCAUGCCCAGCAUCGAGUCUGAUGUCUGA